AUGAAAGUAGGUUUUGCUCUGUUUCUUGUUCUUCUUGUUUCGGUUUCAGAGGCAAAAAUAACGAAACAGAAUAUUGGAAACUUCCUUCGAUGUCUUCGCUCUCGGACCAGUCCCCUGAAUCCGAUAACCGAAGCUCUCUACAAUCACGAUAACUCCACCUUUGUGUCCACUUACGUAUCCUACACGAAAAACAAAAGGUGCUCAAACCCUAACGACACAAACCUAAUAGCCAUUGUUGCUGCAAAACAUGAAUCUCAUGUUCAGGAAACCGUGGUCUGUGCAAAGUCCAACGAGAUCCAGAUACGAAUCCGAAGCGUUGGUCACGACUACGAAGGUCUUUCUUACAUCUCAUCUGUGCCGUUUGUUAUUCUCGACAUGCACAAUCUCCGGUCUAUUACCAUUGACGUGUCCAACAAGAAAGCUUGGGUUCAAGCUGGUGCUACCUUGGGAGAGCUCUACACCAAAAUCGCUGAAGCAAGCAAAACGCUGGCGUUUGCGGCUGGCGUUUGCCCUACGGUAGGAGCGGGAGGACACAUUAGCGGCGGAGGAUACGGAAAUCUGAUAAGAAAGUAUGGAAUCUCGGUGGAUCAUGUUGUUGAUGCUCAGUUAGUUGAUGCCAAUGGCAAGAUCUUGAACAGAGCUUCCAUGGGAGAAGAUUUGUUUUGGGCCAUUCGUGGUGGUGGCGGUGCGAGCUUUGGCGUUAUCCUCUCCUGGAAAAUCAACCUCGUCGAGGUCCCAGAGACCUUGACAGUGUUUAAGGUCAACAAAACAUUGGAACAAGGAGUCAAUGAUGUCCUCUAUAAAUGGCAACUUGUCUCUAGCAAAUUGCCUCGAGAGCUUUUCUUGAGUGCAAUGCCACAAAUCACGAAGGGAGCAAAAUCCGACGAGAAAACCAUUGCGGUUGCGUUCUCCGCUCAGUACUUAGGCUCAGCAGAGAAACUAAUGGCGAUUAUAAGCAAGAGUUUGCCUGAAUUAGGGCUAAAACGUGAAGAUUGUAACGAAAUGAGUUGGAUUAAUACGACGACGUUUUGGGCGGAUUUCCCGGUCGGGACACCAACGAGUGUUCUUCUUAAGAGGCCAUUAGAACCUCCAGGAGCAUUCUUCAAGAGCAAAUCUGAUUACGUCAAGAAACCUAUCCCAAAAGAAGGAAUGGAGAAGAUUUGGAAAAUGAUGUUGAAAUUCAACAAUGUGUGGAUGCAGUGGAACCCUUACGGUGGAGUGAUGGACAAGAUUCCGGCGAAUGCCACCGCGUUUCCUCACCGGAAAGGAAACUUGUUCAAGAUUCAGUACUUUUCGUUCUGGAACGACGCAAACGUUACAGACGCUAAUCUCGGUUCGAUGAAGGAGCUUUACGACGUGACGGAGCCGUACGUGUCAAGUAACCCGAGAGAAGCGUUUCUGAAUUACAGAGACAUCGAUAUUGGAAGCAAUCUGAGUGGAGAGACAAAUACUGAAGAAGCUGAGAUCUAUGGAUCGAAGUAUUUCUUGGGGAAUUUGAAGAGACUGAUGGAUGUUAAAGCUAAGUAUGAUCCUGAGAAUUUCUUCAGGUAUGAGCAGAGUAUUCCUCCUCUUCGUGCUAUGUGA